AUGGCAACUUUGGCUCUUCAGGCCACUAUUGGACUCCUCUUUCUCCUCGCUUCUGUGCAGGCGCAAAUACGAGGGGACAACCUGGCAUCAUGCUCCCAAAAUGACGGAUUUGGAAAGUACUGCCCUACCACGUGCGGAGUGGCCGACUACAUGUUCCGAUACUUGCCGGGUGUCACCACAGAUUUGAUGGACAUGGAGAGGUCCCUGGAGAUAAUCGCCAACAUGACCACGGACACGGAGGAGAAGGUGGUCUACAUGAAGGACUCCACCACAUCUGCACAGAAGAGCUCUCAGUCAGAAACCAAUUUCAAAAGGUCAGCCAGCAUGUUGGAUGAUGUCCUACGGUUUGAAAAGACCAUCUUUGCACAAGAACAGCAAAUAUUAGAGCUGCAGAAAGUUCUCACAUCCAACCAGAGGAGGAUGACUGAGCUGGACAGUAUGUCUGCACAGCUCAAGCAGAAGUGCCAGGAGCCUUGCCAAGAUUCUGUUGAAAUCCAGCCCACCACAGGCACAGAUUGCCAAGAUGUUGCCAACAAAGGAGCCACCACCAGCGGCCUCUACUUCGUCAAACCUGCCGCAGCCCCAGAGCAGUUCUUGGUCUACUGUGAAAUUGAUGAAUUCAGGCGGGGCUUCACUGUGAUACAAAGGAGACGUGACGGUAGCGCGGAUUUCAACAAAAACUGGAUUCAAUACAAAAAUGGUUUUGGAUAUCUCUCCCCGGACGAUAGCACAGAGUUCUGGCUGGGUAAUGAGAAGAUCCACUGGCUGACCGUCGGCAAGAGCAUCCCCACCGUGCUGCGCAUAGACCUGGUGGACUGGCAGGGAAACAAAAAACAUGCAGAUUACAACAUGUUUUCCCUGGGUCCGGAGAUUGACAUGUUCCGCCUCACCUAUGGCUACUACAUGGGGGGAGAAGCAGGCGAUGCUUUUUCGGGCUUUGACUUUGGAGAUGACCCCAGCGACAAGUCUUACACCAUGCACAACGGACAGCAGUUCAGCACCUUCGACAAAGACAACGACAAGUACGACGGGAACUGUGCCCAGCAGGAUGGCUCCGGAUGGUGGAUGAACCGCUGCCACGCUGCCCAUCUCAAUGGAAAAUACUACCAAGGAGGCACGUACACAGCGAAGGAUGCUGGUGAGUUCGGUUUUGACAACGGUAUCAUUUGGGUGACCUGGCACAACCGCUGGUACUCACUGAAGGAGACCACCAUGAAGCUGAUCCCCUUUACUCGCCUGGCAGCCGAAGGAGGCCAGCAGGGUGGAAUGAAAGAGUUUGGAGGACUAGGGGUCUAA